GAGGUGAAGUGGGAAGAAAGAAAGGCACAUCAGGAGAGCAGCUGGAACUGUGAUCCUGGCUCCUGUGCCGCUCUACAAGCCACUCAUUAUCGGGAGCAGCGCCGGGCGGACUGGAGGGUGGAAGCUUCUGGACCACACACACACAGAUAGGUGUUAUCUCCUGACUCGCUGUAGAAGGAGCCCGGCGGAGCCAUGUCCAGGAAAAGCAUCGUCCAAGUGAAUGUGCAGGACGUUCAGAAGAGACGCAGCCCCAACAAGCACUAUGUGUAUAUUAUUAGUGUUAGCUGGUCAAAUAGCUCAAGUGAAGUCGUCUACCGGAGAUACAGCAAGUUCUUUGACCUACAGAUGCAGUUAUUGGACAAGUUUCCAGUGGAAGGAGGUCAAAAAGAUCCAAAGCAGAGAAUCAUCCCAUUUUUACCAGGAAAAAUUCUGUUCCGGAGAAGUCACAUACGUGACGUAGCAGUGAGACGCUUGAUACCCAUUGAUGAAUAUUGCAAGGCUCUCAUCCGGCUGCCUGCGUAUAUCUCCCAGUGUGAUGAAGUCCUGCAGUUUUUUGAGGCUAGGUUGGAAGACUUCAACACACCCAAAGAAGAACACAUUGGAAGAAGGAAAUUCGGUGCAGACUCGGCAUCAGCUGAUCCUUUGGUCUUUGACCAGUAUGUAGUGGUAGCUCCAUAUGACGAACAAGAAAGCUCAGAAAUCAGCCUUCAAGUUGGACAAGUGGUGGAUAUCAUUGAGAAAAAUGAGUCUGGCUGGUGGUUCGUUAGCACGGCAGAUGAGCAGGGCUGGGUACCUGCAACUUGCCUAGAGGCUCAAGAUGGGGGACAAGAUGACUUCACCAUUCAGCCUGAAGAGGCCCCAUGGAGAUACUGGUCCUUGCCUAGGCACGUGGGCCGCCGACGGACUCUUGGGGAUUUGUACACCAGUGGAUGGGGUCCAGAUGAGAAAUACAGUGUGAUCUACCCAUAUAUUGCAAGAGAUCAAGAUGAAAUCACGCUAGAUAAAGGAGUCAUUGUUGAAGUCAUCCAGAAGAAUUUAGAGGGCUGGUGGAAAAUAAGGUACAAGGGUGCAGAGGGCUGGGCCCCAGCUUCCUACCUGAAGAAGAUUAGUGGGGAUUUGUUGGCUCAAAAACUGGCUUCAGGAUCAAGUGCCAAUUCAAGUGCUCUAGACCUGGAUGGGCUCUCUAGACAACAAAACUUUACAAGUCGUGAUAGGGAUGUUCCUGGGCGCCAGGCGCAUGUUACAGACUUCAAAAGAAAAUCUCCAAUACUGAGACAGAGGCCUCCUCCUCGACGGGAUCUUACUAUUCCCCGGGGAUUAAAUCUCCCUAAACCUCCAACUCCACCACAUGUUGAAGAAGAGUAUUACACCAUUGCAGAUUUCCAGACCACCAUACCUGAUGGCAUCAGUUUCCAGGCUGGACUGAAAGUUGAGGUUGUUGAAAAGAACCAUAGUGGUUGGUGGUAUAUACAGAUUGAUGAUAAAGAGGGCUGGGCUCCUGCCACCUUUAUUGACAAGUACAAAAAAACUAGCAAUGCUCUAAGGCCCAAUUUUCUGGCACCUUUACCAAAUGAGAUGGCCCAGCUGUGCUUGUCUAAUGCUUCUACAGAAAACACCUCUGUGGAGGAAGCAUCUGGGCCAUGUAGGCCUCUGCCUGAACCACCACAAAAUGGUACAGACCCUGUGUCCAAAUGGUCAAAAGAAUUGAAGAACAAAGACCCAGGUUUCAAAAGUUCUCCCUUGGAUGGCAAAGAACACUUUUCAAAUAGUGUGUAUGAUGAGGCAGCUGUUGAUGAUGGGGAGGAGAAGCCAAGUCUACCUCCGAGAAGGGAAUCCAUGCUGAAAACUGAAGAGGUAUCUGAGCGGCCAAGCAUGCCACAGCAUAGAGCUCCCCCUCCAAAACCUUUAACCAGCAUGAUGGCAUCAAGUCCUCAAAAGCAACUUCCUUCAAAGGAAGUCAAGAAACCCGAGAUAAAAAAUGACAAGAGCAAAAUGUUUCAGUUGAAAAAUGAAAUGGGUCUCGAGUGUGGACACAAAGUAUCACCCAAAGAGCUAAAAAAGCCAAUGCUUAAGCCUGUUGCCAACAAACCUAAGCCUGAGAUAUCAUCAGAGAAACCUGAAUUAAUGGUUCCAAACCCUUUUCUCAAAGCUAAACCACAGGUCAAACCCAAACCAGUCGCCACAACCAAAACUGAGGGUAGUUCAGAAGAUAAGGUUGACAUUUCAAAUCUGAGAAGCAGACUUAAACCCUCUGGGAAAUCGUUAGAUAAAGGUAAUGAGCAAGAGCCUUGUGCAAGUAGUGGGGUGAGCGACACUAAAGUUUACAACUGUAUAGGGGCUGCUGGCAGACCCUUUGAUAAACCUGAUCAAAAACAUCUGUACAAGCAGAACAAUAGUAUUCCUGGUGAACCACCUUCCAAAGCGCUUCCAGUACCACUUAGGACUGUUGACACUGAACCAAAGGCUGCAAGAGAUCUACCCCAGAGGCCUGUAAUUCCACCAAGGAGACCACCUCCUCCCAAAAAAGUUUCCAUGUCAUGUGAAACAAAUGAAGGCAGGGCAACACAGAUAAAAGAAAGUUCUGAUUUUACAGUUGCUCAUAUGGCUAAUCGACCCAUAAUGGUUCCUCCUAAAUCCAAGCCGCUAAUUUCUUUACCAGGUAGCGAUGAUACUAAAGUGAAAAAUAGCUUUGUUCCCAAGAUGCCGGCAUCUAGACUAGCAGAUAAAUCAGAAACAAAAGAGAAGCCUGUAUCCAGUACUCCACCUUCUCAGUACGUGGCUGUUGCUGACUUUGAUGGAGAUGAGGAUACUAGUAGCUUUAAAGAAGGAACAAUAUUUGAGGUUCAGGAGAAGAGUUCUAAUGGCUGGUGGUUCUGUAGGGUUCUUAGUGGGGGCCCCACUUGGGAGGGCUGGAUACCUUCCAAUUAUCUAAGGAAGAAGCCAUAAUGGCUUGCCUAGUUUACACAGUUACCUAGCCUCUUACUUUCACUCCUAUUUAAUUAGUCCAUUAAUUUAUAGUUUUUACUUCAAGCCUGAUUCUUAUAAAAAAAAAAAAUACAUUCCAGUUUUAUUCACACCUCGCCUAAAGAGAACAGCUUGCUAUGUGGACAGCAUGUAGAGAAAAAUGUGGGCAUCUCCUGACUGAACUGCAACUCCCAGCAUGCUCUAAUGCUAAAGGCAACAUAACUGACCUGAAAACGGCUGUAUGAUGAUUCCACCAUGGAGAAGAUGACUGCUGAAAUUGUUCUUCCCUGGAUUAUGGAAUUGUGAACAGAGAUGGCAUAAACAAAGCCAAAUUGUCCUGUCUUCUCCAUAUUUGGCCAUCACUAACCGAGCCAAUAUUUCUGGCCAAGUCAUACUUAAGCCACUGUUGACAGUGGCUUAAUGGGACUGUACAGUUUAAGACUUUAUUUUAUGUUUUCUAUUUCAUGUUCAGAGCAGUGAUAUCACAAGCUCAACAGCACACUUAAAUAUUUUCUGAUACAUUUACAUUGCAGCCUGGCAUGUUUCCGUUUAUAAAAUCCCUACUGUGCUAAAAGGGCAACUAAAUGAUGGUGUGAUUUUGCAAGUUAUAUUUUUUUUCUAUAAAUACUAAAUGAAUAUAUUUUUCAUUUUUUUACAUUGUUUUUGUGAAUGCUUCUAGCAUUGGAAAGGGUAAUGAUAUUGUAAGGCCAAUAGAGGGCAGCAAUAUCCAGUAAAACGUGGACAAAACCGCAAGCAUGUUUUUUUUUCCCUUAUAACCCAAUCCACCAAUUCUUUCAUAUUAAAAAAAAUAAUAAUAAUUGGGCAAAAUAAAAACAAUGGAUUAAAGAUUAAAAACAAGACAGACACAACCUGUGCAAUAGCACAUCUUUGCGAGUGUGCAUAGGUCAGACCAAUGGCAGGAAUAGGGUAUGCAUAGUAAUUUAAUUUACUGUACUCUUCAUAUAAAAAUUUCAGAAGCUGAUUAACAACCUGGAAACGUUAUAUUUGGUUAUUUAAAAAAAACUCAAAAGGACUAUUGAUCAUCUAGAUUGUUUUACAACUGGAAAUUGUCUUGAUUAGCAGCCUAUAUGUGUAAUCUUCAUUUAGCAGCUGCAUUUGUAUCAUGCUCAUCGCAACCUGGUAGAGAAGUGAGGCAAGAGCAGAAUCACAAAUCCAACCCUAUUACCCCAGAAAAGGUUUGUGCCCUUCUCCUGGAAUUAUUAAGGACCAAAUGUGGCCAUUGUUUUGCCUUCAUUUAAUUGUAUAUCCCUUCAGGCGCCUGUGCUACUUAUUUGAUAUCUAUCAAAGAGCUUGUAUGUAUAAAAUGUUUUCUGAGAAGGCUAUAUUUAAAGUGCAUUUAUUAUGUUUUCCAAACUCCUUUGGUACAGGAGCAGUGCUCCAUAUCCAGCCAUUGUCUUUCUUUGCUCUGGAACUGUGAUGAGAGGUAGAGAUGAACAUACCUUCUUAGUGUUUUGUUUUUUUUGGAAAGGCUAAGGUGGCUUUUCAGGGGUGGGGCUUAAAUAAUAAAUCUAGUUUUACUCAUAUAAGGGACAGAUUAAGAAUGAGGCUUAAAGUUGUCCCAGUUUGUGAGUAUGGUAAACUGGGAAUUAUGGUGUUAUAUCCAUAUAGCGUAUCUCUUGUUUACUUUGACAGAUGUUGUUAAACAUCAGCAAGGCAAAAACCUAUGCGCACAUUGCACAUUGUUUCUUAGUAUUUUAUUGUAUCCUUGCAGUAUUAUGUAUUCUGAUCUGUUUCUUUACAACAGAGGAGGUUAUUAUCCUUUGCUGCAUAUUACCUUUGUCUAUAUGUAUGUAUCCCAUAUACUUCAUUUUUUGCAUUCCCAUUCAUGUUUGCCAUAAAAUGUCAUCAGUAUUGAAUCUUUUUUUUAUCCACAGAACAAAUGUCAAUGUAUACCAAUGAAUUACCCCCUGUAUUCUGCUGCCAAAUCUUUCCUUAUAGUUGGUAAUUAUCGCUGAUGGUGCCUUUCUGAUUGCCUUGUUUUGAAUGUGCCGUCAUCAAACCACCAUCCCAUGGGCUUCCUUGCUCAUACCUAAUGCAUAUUUUGUGAUGGAGCCCAAGUGACCUUUCCUAGUGUCCAUUACUGUGCCUUCAUAACGCAUGCUUAGUUUGUAACAAUAUGCUCUUACCUCUCAUUAUGUCUCCCAUUUGGUGCCACGAUGGAAACACACCAAAGACAUACAAGUUUUUUUUUUUUUUUUAUAGUUAAGGGGUCAUCUAGUGUAAUUUCUUUGUAUACAUUACCAAUGUGUCAGUUAAAUAGAACUGAUUUACCUUUCAUACAUCUUGACUUCAUUCUGACCAUCAAAUCUCAAAAAAAAAAAAAAAAAUCUCCUAUUAGUGUUUUGUCUCCUGUACUAGGGCAAUAAAGCUUUUUUAUUAAGUU